UGUGAAGUCUCUCUAUUCUCUUCUGUAAUUUCCUUAUCUUCUCUCACGAAAGCGAAAAUGUCAGAUGCACAAUGGAGGUACACCGACUCUAGGCAACAGCCCGCUGCGCCACUUGUCGGGAAACGUCCCCGCUCUGAUUAUGACAUACCAUCUGGGCAUGAUAUGAUAGGUUAUUAUCCUCAGGAAGAUAACAGGCUUACUCAGCAUGCAGUAAGAGAUACUGAAGCUAUAAAUCAAUCUUAUGAUCAUUAUCUACAGAGUGGGCAAGCAUAUCCAGGGGCAGAUUUAAGUAGAUUACCUGGUUCUGGAGUGUCUGGUCAUGUUGUUCAUGAUCCUCGCAUGGGUAGUGAUCCACGCAUUUCUGGUGACCCGCGUAUUGUAAGCGAUCCUCGUAUGGCAAAUUUUGGGAUAAUGGAUCCUGGGCUGUCAGCUAAAGGACAGGGUUCUAAUCUUGUAUCUGGAAGGUCGGAGGUUCCUCUUCCGCCUGAUGCCAGUAGUACUCUCUUUGUUGAGGGAUUGCCUGCAAACUGUACAAGCAGGGAAGUGGCCCACAUCUUUCGUCCCUUCGUAGGCUACAAGGAAGUCAGGCUUGUAACCAAGGAAGCAAGACAUUCUGGGUCAGAUCUAUUUGUGCUGUGUUUUGUUGACUUUUUAAGCCCUGCCCAUGCUGCAACAGCUCUGGAUGCUUUGCAAGGUUAUAAGUUCGAUGAGAACGACCGAGAAUCUCCUUAUUUAAGGCUCCAGUUUGCGCGUUAUCCUGCCAGGUCAGGUGGUGGACUUCGUAGAAAACGUUGAACGAUGGGAUUUUGCAGGUGAUAAACGUCAUUGUUCAUUUGCUGAGGCUUAGGCAUUAAUCGCUCUAUAGGCUAUAACUGAAACAGAAACAAAUAUUCACUCUAAAUUAUCGAAGAACGUUUUUAUGUAGGAAUCUGCUUGAAAUGGGAGGUUUGUAAUAAUGCGGUUGAUACUAUGUUCUUGCAGUUGGAGAAAAUGCGCACAUUUCAUACCGAGUCCGUUUUAGGACCAAUAUGUGGGAUUUUGGGUGUAUAACAUGGGGCGUUGAGUUUGUACCUUUUUAUAUACGCCUGGGUGCAUAUGAGUUUGUACCCUUUUAUUAGCAACUUUAAAUACUAGAUUGUAUUCGCUUUUAGAUACUUAAUAACUUUUAUGUAUUCGACUGAGUACAUUUGACAAUGCUACUUGGUCUUGAAGAUGGUUUUGGAUUCUAUAGACAUUCCUGCUUUUGGGGUAGUCUGUCAGGAAUUAGUCUA